CUAUGAACAAGAUUGGGUUGAAAGUUGCUAUCAGUAUGAAUCCAUGAAGAAAAAUUACUAAAUUCAAGGAAUAUAGCAAAAAUGUAUUGUAAAUGUGAAAUAAAACCGUGUUGUUUAUUGAAGUAGUACUCCGUUUAAUCCUAUAUCUAUCGUACAAGUUGUUAAUGACGCUAAAUACGUGUGUUAAUAGUACGAAUCGAUAUAACAAGUAAAGAAACCUAAAGAAAUCUAUCUUGGUUCUUUGGGUUAAUUGUUAUCAUUUUGUCAAUAAAGCUAUGAGAUAAUUAACGGGUGUUUUAGGUGUACACAAUGUCGCUAGAAAGAGAUAAUAUUGGUGUGAUGCCUCCAGUUCCUACAACAGGGUCUGUGGACCCGCGCUCUCAACUGUUGCAAGAGAUGAGAGAGCAAAACUUUGAUAUGAUAAGGUUUGCUUCAUACAGAACAGCAUGCAAACUAAGAUAUGUCCAGAAGAAGUGUAAUUUACACGCAAUAGACAUAUGGAAUGUUAUAGAAGCGUUCAGAGAGAAUGCACUCAACACAUUGGAGCCAAAUGCAUGUGUUAACGUGACCAGAUUGGAAACAUUAGUGUCAUCUCUAUACCACAAUCUGAAUAAACGCCUGCCUCCGGCUAAUCAAGUAUCCGUUGAGGCUUGUUCUGCGUUAUUGUUGAAUUGGUUGUUAUCCGCUUAUAGCACUGGGGAAAAUGUGGGAAAGAUCAGAGUGUUCUCAAUCAAAGUAGCAUUGGCGACAAUGUGUGCCGGCAAGCUUAUGGACAAACUGAGAUAUAUUUUCUCACAGCUAUCUGACGGCAAUGGCCAUUUGUUAAUGAAGCGGUUGUCUGAUUACCUGCGGGAAGUACUGGCGUUGCCUGCAGCGGUGUACGAGUCACCGUCCUUCAGUUAUAAUGAUAGUCUUGCGCUGUCUAUUUUUAAUCAGAAUACCAAAAUAACGGUAAACGACUUCCUGGAUACACUAAUGUCAGACCCCGGCCCACCGUGCUUGGUAUGGCUGCCUCUGCUGCAUCGGCUUGCUAGUGUUGAAAAUGUGGUGCACCCGCUGGCGUGCAGCGCGUGCCGGCGCGGCUCGCUGAGCGGGCUGCGCUACCGGUGCACGCGCUGCGCCGGCUACACGCUCUGCCAGGAGUGCUUCUGGCGCGGCCGCGUCACGCCGCCGCACACCAACGAGCACGAGGUCAAGGAGUACGCCACCUAUAAGUCGCCGUCGAAGCAGAUCGGCGCGACGCUGCGCAAGUCGUUCCGCUGCGUGCCGGAGCGCGCGCGCGCCGCGCUGCCGCGCUACCCCGACCAGCCCGAGCGGACGCUCAACUUGAGUCACAUCGUACCACCAUCUCCCGUACCGGCUCACAACGGCUUCCCAGAAUAUGGAGGGGGCUAUGUUAAUACUGGAUCUUUGGACAGCCGAUCUUCGAGAUCCACACAUAGAAGUAUAGCGGAGCACCUGUCGCGCGGCGUGGACGACGAGCACCGGCUCAUAGCGCGCUACGCCGCACGCCUCGCGCACGAGAACCGCACCAUGCCUCGCGCAGGUAGAUCGGCUUCUCUAACGCCUGAAUUGGGUCGAUCAUCCUCAGAAGGUUCGGAAGUAGACGCAGCGCGGCAACAGCGCGAGCUCAUAUCGCAGCUGGAGGCGAAGAAUAGAGAAAUCAUGAGGGAGAUAGCCAGACUCAGACGGCAGCAAGAAGCGGAGUCGGGGGGCGCUGGGGGUGUUGGGGGCGGUGCUCCCCCGCUGGUGUCCGAGCUGCGGGCGCUGCGCCAGCGCAAGGACGAGCUGGAGGGCCACCUGUCCUCGCUGCAGGAGUCCAGGAAGCACCUGAUGCACCAGCUCGAGGGGCUCAUGCGGAUGCUCAAGACGCAGCAAUCCUCCCCCCGCUCGACGCCGAACUCCUCGCCGCGCUCCGCCAAGAGCCCCCCGCUGCCCGGGGCACAGGCCCAACCCUCUGCCCCGGAGAGGGAACCAACGCCACGUGGCACGGUGCGUAGCGCGCCGCAGACGCCAUCUUUGGGAGAGAGGGAACGAAUCGACAUGACGCAUAGUUUGGGUAUGGAGAGUAUGGGCGGUGAUAACAGAGGCUUUCAUCAGAAUCAGCGACCCACCACAAUGGGAAUAGACAACAGAAGUCUGCGAAGCGAUCUACUUUAUGCGGCCGAUUCUGUCACCAACGCGAUGUCUACUCUAGUAAGAGAACUUAAUUCUGAAGGCUCCGAUACAGAAGAUACAAUGAAGGGAGGAUUGGAUUCGAGGAAGCAAAGAGAUUUCGAGGAAGACGACGACAGCGAUGAGCCGAUGCCUCGUCCGCAACUGCCCAGACACUAUUUGCACGACAACAACGUUCAGAAUUUGCCACGUAGUUUGAUAUCGCAAUCAUGAAUUUUUGCUUGCACAUUAUUUGAGGACACGCCGCCCCCGCUCCCCGCGCGUACCGGCCACUACUUCCCACGGACAUAGCUUAUUUCACUUGUAUAGUGUCUUGUUUUAGCGGGUAAUGUAUGUACUUUUUGAAUUUAGAAAAAAAGCUGUCUUUAAUAGAUGAUUAGUUGAUAAUUUAUAAACAAAAAAAAAUAUUAUGUUAUUUAGCAGCACUGAUUUAUUUAUUAGGAUGUAUAAUUAUAAGGUAAUUAUUUUUUUGUCAUAUCUUUCAAUGCAAUGUGUUAUGCUGUAUUUUACAUGUUAUUUGACUCUUUGAGAUUUUUUCAAUUAUAUGGAAUCAUCAAUUUUAUCUAUAACAAUUCAACAAACAUACUUUACCCGCUUUUAAAUAACUAAGAUAUCUUUUUUAUUUCUAGUUAUAAUAACUUUAUAUACUGAUAGAUCUGAAUAAUUAUUUUCUAUUGAUAAUAUUUUCAGACUAAAAUACAUAAUUGUACAAUAAGAUGUCAUAAUAGAAAAACAGGAUGGCAACACUUAACACGCAAUGAUACCAUUUAACGGAUUUUUACGUGGUUUUAUCACGUUUUAAUCCGUUUAAAAGUAUAUUUCUGUUAAAUACAAGUAAAUACGGAAAAAUCAUUAUAAAUAAUAUAAUAAACAAUCGUUCAUAUUGAAACUUCUCAAUGCGUUAUAAAAAUUGUAUUUAUUUGUAACAUCUAUGCGUUUUUUGUAUGUUU